UCUCAUCCCAUAAUGUUUUCUCCCGCGCGGCGACGAUGCGCUCAAGGCGUGAUUGCUGCCUCAAGCCACUUGACAACAUCAAUUCCGUCCUUUCUCCUGCCCGCUUUCCUGCCAAACGCGGCAUCAAGGACUUUUGCGACGACAGCACCAUGUUUCUCCAAGAUUGGUUCCACCCCCCUAUCAAUCCCUCCCGAAGUCACAUUUAAAGUUAUACCACCCCAGGCUCGAAAGGGCAGCCGAAUACAGCCAAUGUCAACCGUUCACGUUAAGGGCCCAUUGGGAGAGCUCUCAAUGGAAGUUCCUGCCUAUGUGAACAUCAACCAAGAUCCCUCAUUGCCAGGCCCGACACUCAGCGUCGAAGACUCCUCAGAUGCGAAACAGCGAGCCAUGUGGGGCACUACCCGCGCCUACCUUCAAAACCACAUACUCGGCGUCAGCGAAGGGCACUCCGCAAUCCUCCGUCUCGUCGGCGUUGGAUAUCGUGCUACCAUAGAGCCCACCGCUACCACUGUCCAGCCCGAAUACCCUGGUCAGCAGUUCGUAAACCUGAAGGUCGGAUACUCCCACCCUGUCGAGCUCGGUAUCCCAGAAGGAGUGAAGGCAAGCACUCCCCAGCCGACGCGACUGCUAUUAGAAGGGCCGGAAAAGGAAGUUGUGAUGCAGUUUGCAGCAAAGAUUAGGAUGUGGAGGAAACCAGAGCCCUACAAGGGCAAGGGUAUCUUUGUCAACGGAGAAACUAUUAAGUUGAAGAACAAGAAGAUCAAGUGAGCGGAUCGUCGUCGCUUGAAUAACCUUGGAAACAUAAGUGUAUCACUUGCGGUGUAUAUUAUAUAUCACGAGUUCCUCGAGGACCAAUCGAUUAAUAGAUAUUCGAUCCUGG